AUGUUAUCUUCAAUAAAAUCGAAAUCAAAUAUUAAUUUAGUAAAAAAAACAUUGUAUAAUAAUAUUAGAAAUACAACAACUUCUGUAACAACAACAUCAUCAUUGUACUCUUCAUCUUCAUUAUUCAACAAUCAACAACAUAAACAUCAACAACAACAACAAUCAUUUACAACAUAUAUAAACUCUAACAAUAAUCAAUAUUCAUUAUUAAAUUCGAAAUCAACUACAAUUUCAACUUUGUCAUCAUUAUUUAAUAAACAAAAUUCAUGUAUCAAUAAUAAUAAUAAUAAUAAUAACAAUAAAUACUAUUCUACUUCAAACCCACCCGAUCAAAUUUUAAGAAAAGUAGUUACAUCAGAACAACAAGCAUUAUUCGAUAGGAAUUCAUUGUUGUUAGAACAACUUCAGAAUGAUUUGCAGGAUUUUAGUGCACCCGAAGAGUCGAGACAACAAAUCAGAGACGCCAUCGAGCAGUUGAAAGAUGGUUUGUUUUUGUUGGUGGUGGUCGGUGAGUUCAACAGUGGAAAGAGUUCAUUCUUGAAUGCACUGCUUGGAAACACCUAUCUCAAGGAGGGUAUCACUCCAACCACCUCGAAGAUCAACAUUCUAAGGUACGGCGACAAACUAGAGCACCAGCCAGGCAGAAACGACGAACAGGAAAUCGUAAAGUUACCGGUCAACUGGCUGCGUGACAUCUCGCUGGUCGACACUCCCGGAACCAACGCAGUGGUGAAAGGUCACCAGCAGAUCACCGAGCAUUUCAUUCCGCGCUCCGAUAUGGUGUUGUUUGUUACUUCGGUGGAUCGCGCCUUCUCAGAGAGCGAGCGUGUCUUCCUCAGCAACAUUCGCGCCUGGCGCAAAAAGAUCGUUGUCAUCCUCUCGAAAGCCGAUCUCAUUGAGCACAAUCCCAUGUCCGACGCAGCUGCCGACCUCGCCGAGGUAACCAAAUGGAGACGAGAGCCGACGUAUUCUUGGACGACAAUAUCAAGCUCAGCAACAUUCUCGGAGGUGGUCAGCAGCACAUCCCAUGAAAUCGAAACCAAUAUCUCUGCACUGAUCGAUUGGAUCGUCGAGAAGAACUCCAAACAGUGGCGCGCCAUCAUGGAGUAUAUUGACACCCGUUCCAGCUCGCGACUCGAGAAAUUCAUUGGCAAUGUAAACCGAUCCGGUGACUUCCUCAACACCAGAAUGACCCUUUUGAAAUCGAUUGGUGAAGGAACCUCAGAUGCACUCUCCAAAUACGAUAAAGAUAAAGAAUCAACAAAGAUUUCACAAGAAAUUAGAAAUACUGUAUUUAAAACGGCAGCAGUUGAAUUGGGAGCAGUUGGUUUGGGUACAAUUUUGACAGCUUCACUUUUAGAUUUGUCUGGUAUUGUUGGUGUUGGUAUUUUAGCAAUUAGUGGAUUGGCUUUGGUUCCUCUUAAGAAGUCGGCAUUGAAAAAGACUGUUCAUGCCAAGGUACACGAUUUACGUUUCAAUCUUUCCAAUUUAUUGAAGCAUCAUUUCGAAUCAGAGUUGGAAAUUGGCAUUCAAAAGAUGAAGGAUGGAAUCAGUCCAUUCAGUUCCUACGUACACGCAGAGAACGAGAAAAUCAAUAGUUCACUCAACAAGAUUCAAAUUUAUUCCGCAACAAUUUCAAAGUUAAGAGAAGAUAUCGAGAAACUUAAAUAG